AUGGAAGGACUCAGCCUGCCGAAGAUGAUGAAAGCAGUGCAAUGGGAUUCGAAGAAAAGGGAGAUCCAAAUCAACCAGGUCCCCGUCCCCGAACCAGGUGAAAACCAAAUGCUCAUUCGAAUUGCUUCUGCAUCACUUUGCCAUAGCGAUUUGAUGGCCAUUAGGGAUGUUUUUGUUUCUGUUGAUAGACCGAAACCUGUAACAUUAGGACAUGAAGGAGCUGGAUAUGUCGAGAAGCUUCAUCCAAGCUCAAGUGGUAAAGGGUUUGAAAUUGGUGAUCCUGUUGGCUUCUUAUACAUCAUAGGCAGCUGCUUUGAAUGUGAUGGCUGUCAGGUCCAUAACAUGCAUUGCGAACGUUCAGAGGCCCAUACGCAGGGCUUCACUUUUGAUGGAUUCUUUGCCGAAUAUGCUCUUGUUGAUUGGCAUAACACCAUGAUACUGCCAAAGAAGAUUGACGUAAAGCUCGCUUCGCCUUUAUUUUGUGCAGGUUGCACAUCUUUUAAUUGCGUGGAAUCAUGCGAGUUGCAGCCUGGACAAUGGCUAACGAUAGUGGGCUGCGGAGGGCUAGGUCAGAUAGCUUGCCAGUACGCGAAGGCAAUGGGAUACAAUGUUAUAGGAAUAGAUAUUGAAGAUUCAAUUCUUGAAGUUGUUAAGAAAAUUGGAGCCGAUUAUGUGUUCAACUCAAGAACAGAUCAGGACUAUGUAAAAAAGAUCAAGGAUCUGACAAACGGAAAAGGUUCUGAUACUGUUGCCAUCUUUAGCGCAGCGACUUCUGCCUAUAAAUCAGCUCCGUCGCUUGUAAGGCUUGGUGGAAUCAUUCUCGUUGUCGGUCUUCCAGAUGCUGGCGUCACAUUUAAUGCAUUAGAUAUUGCUAUAGGAACUUUCAGAAUUCGUGGAGACAGUACUGGCGUUCCUACUAGAAUGCCUCGAGCUAUUGAUUUUACCGCGAAGCAUGGUAUCAAGCCUGAAACAGAGGUAUAUCAUUCACUUGAUGAUGUGCCUUCUAUGAUCCAGAAGAUGCAAAAUGGAAAGGCUACCAAAAAAAUGGUAGUAUCUUUAGCGUGA